AUGCGUCAGACCGGCUUCUUUCACCACAUCGGGUCCUUCCUGCUCUUUGUGGCCAUGAUCCUGCUGAUCAUCACGUCCAUCUCGGCGCCUGUGGUCCACAACCUGUCGGUCCUCAAGGUCGUCCUGCCCAACAACAACAAUGAAUACACGCCCGACGUCACCUUCGGCACCUUUGGCUACUGUAUCCGCCAGAGCACCGGCGACCUGUGCUCGCGCACCCACGUCGGCUACGACGCCGGCGAUGUCCUGGAGCAGCAGUCCCCGGUCGACAUCGACCUCUCGGACUAUGCGGCCGGCACCAGCAAUGCGCUGACGCGCGUCAUGGUCCUCCACCCAGUCGCCGCCGGCAUGUCCUUCAUCGCGUUCCUGCUGGCGCUGGGCGCGGGCGUCGUGGGCUCGUUCCUGGCGAGCCUGGUGGCGCUGCUGACGUUCCUGGUGACGCUGGUGGUGCUGAUCACGGACUUUGUGGGCUUCUCGAUCCUCAAGAGCGCCGUCAACAACUCCGGGUCGGGCGCGACGUCCGAGUUCGGCGCCGCCGCCUGGACCCUGCUCGCCAGCGCCGUCUGCAACCUGCUGGCCACCGUCGUCAUCUUCUUCACCUGCUGCAGCGCCCGCCUGCACAACAAGCGCCGCGCCAGCGCCAAGGCCGAGCGCUACGACAGCCCGCCCGUCCGCUCCACCAGCCGCCGCUGGUUCUAA